AUGGUCAAGGAAAAAAUUGCCGACUAUGAACGAAAGGGAUACGCACAUCGAAUUACACCAGAAGAACUGCAGUCGACCAACAAGAGCCGUGUGUGGUAUCUACCGCUAGGAAUCGUGACCACUCCGAAAAAACCCGGAAAGCUACGAUUAAUUUGGGACGCAGCAGCAAGGGUGAACGGGACGUCUUUUAAUGACAUGCUACUCAAAGGACCUGAUAUGAUUACAUCUCUCCCCACCAUUCUAAUGUGCUUCCGACAACGAAAAAUUGCCGUGGUUGCUGACAUAAGAGAGAUGUUUCAUCAAAUUCGGAUUAGCGAUCGUGAUAAACAAUCUCAGAGAUUCUUGUGGAGAGACCAUCCAGAACAACCCCCGCAGAUCUUUGUGAUGGACGUUGCGACAUUUGGUGCGACCUGUUCUCCCUGCUCGGCACAGUUUAUAAAAAAUAAGAACGCACUAGAGUUUGAGGCACGCUUCCCGAGGGCAGUUCAUGCUAUUAUUGAUAAUCACUAUGUUGAUGACCUUUUGGAUAGCGUUGACACCGUUGAUGAAGCAGUACGUCUGUGUAAUGAAGUGAAACACAUCCAUUCACAAGCCGGAUUUGAAAUUCGGAAUUUCGUCUCCAACUCCUCGGAGGUUCUACUACGUUUGGGUGAACGCAACAUCCCUCGAGAUAUCUUCAUGAAUUUAGAGCAGUCCGGUACAGAACGAGUCCUUGGUAUGACGUGGAAACCUACCGCGGACGUUUUCACUUUCGAAACAGCAACCAGAGACGAUAUCAAAAUGUUGCUAGAUAGCCUAGUUGUACCAACUAAGCGCCAAGUAUUAAGGACGAUAAUGUCUUUAUUUGAUCCAUUGGGUUUAGUAGCCCACUUCAUCAUACAUGGCAAGACACUAAUGCAGGAAAUAUGGCGAACUGGUACAGACUGGGAUCAAGAGAUACCGGAGAAUCUUCGUGAUAGUUGGUACCGCUGGAGCGGACUAUUUAUAAACCUAGACCAGGUUCGAGUUCCUCGUUGCUACUUCAGUGGUGCCUCGUGCACUGCGCCUGAUGAUCUACAGAUCCAUAUCUUCGUAGAUGCUAGCGAAACCGCUUACGCAAGUGUUGCUUAUCUCCGAUUUGUUGAUAAGGGAAAGCCUAAAUGUGUACUUGUAGGGGCCAAAACAAAGAUCGCCCCUUUGAAACCACUCUCUAUUCCUAAAUUGGAACUACAAGCAGCGCUGUUGGGUAGUCGAUUACUGAAUAAAAUUUGUACCUCGCUGAGUCUUCCCAUACAGAAAAGGUUUCUGUGGUCUGACUCUUCAACCGCUCUGGCAUGGAUAAAGUCUUCAAGUCAUCGUUAUCAUCAGUUUGUAGCAUUUCGCGUUGGAGAGAUCUUAAGUUUGACCAGCGCCGAUGAAUGGCGGUAUGUCCCGACAAAGCACAACGUUGCCGAUGAAGCAACUAAAUGGGGCAGUGGGCCUGAGCUUGACCCACAAAGUCGUUGGUUUGUGGGACCAGAUUUUUUGAUUCAAACGGAACAGAAUUGGCCGACGCAAUCUAAGCAAGUAUUUACUACAGAGGAGGAGCUUCGGCCCAUGUGUAUACAUCGAGAAAUGAUGCAGAAACCGUUGAUGGAUAUAGAGAGGUUCUCAAAUUGGAACAGAUUACUACGAUCGACCGCCUACGUUCUAAAAGCUGCCAGAAGAUUUCAGAAACAAGCACCUUCAGGACGUCUAACCAGGGAAGAAUUAUGUCAGGCCGAAAUUCAACUGUGGAAGCAGGUUCAAAUGCAAUCGUACCCAGAUGAAUACGUGCUGCUAUUAGAAAACCAAUCACAUCCAAACAAAAGAAUAAUUGAAGCAUCGAGCGUUAUUUAUCAAGACACUCCCUGCCGAAUCGGAGCUGCACCCAAUGUAGCAUAUGACACUAAAUACCCGAUUAUCCUACCGCAAUUGCAUCCAGUAACAACCCUUCUUAUUAACAGUUACCACAUCCGAUAUUUGCACGGUAACAACGAAACGGUGUUUAAUGAGAUGCGGCAACGUUUUCGGAUUCCUCAUCUGCGUGAAGCAAUAAAAAGGGCUGCAAAAAACUGCCAGCAUUGCCGUAUCUACAAAACCAUGUCGCGCGCGCCAAUGAUGGCUCCAUUGCCCGAGGUAAGAUUAACACCAUAUAUUCGGCCAUUCACCCACACUGGGGUCGAUUAUUUUGGCCCAAUUUUGGUGAAACAGGGCCGAAGUCUAGUGAAACGUUGGGUGGCGCUAUUUACGUGUCUCACGGUAAGAGCUAUGCACCUCGAAAUUGUACAUUCCCUGUCAACGGAAUCCUGCGUGAUGGCAAUUAGAAGAUUCGUGGCUCGCAGAGGUGCACCAGCCACGUUCUAUUCGGAUAACGGCACCAACUUUACGGGUGCAGCGGGUUUACUAGUAAAACAGAUACGCAACAUCAAUGAACAAUGCGCCGACACAUUCACAAAUUCGAAAACGUCUUGGAAAUUUAAUCCACCUUUGACGCCACACAUGGGAGGACCAUGGGAACGAAUGGUUCGGUCCGUUAAAGCAGCCAUGGCAGUAAUCGCUGGUCAUCCAUGCCACCCUAGUGACGAGGUGCUUGAAACGAUUACUUUAGAAUCGGAAGCGAUCGUCAACUCUCGACCCCUUACCUAUCUACCACUCGAUUCAUGGGAACAGGAAGCUUUAACACCAAACCACUUUCUUUUGUACGGGUUGCAUGGCGUCACACAACCAUUGAAGCCAGUCGCGGUAAAUGGUCAGACUUUAAGAGAUAGCUGGAAACUCGCUCAGCAUUUAGUCGAUCUAUUUUGGAAAAGGUGGGUACGCGAAUAUUUGCCAAUGUUAACUAGGCGCACCAAAUGGUUCCAGCCUAGUCAACCUCUGAAGCCCGGGGAUGUUGUGGUCGUAGUGGAGGAUCAGAAACGGAACGGCUGGUUGAGAGGACGUAUCAUUAAGGUCAUUCAUGGAAAGGACGGACAGGUUCGAAGCGCGAUCGUGCAGACAACAACAGGGCAGAUGACGCGACCUGCUGUCAAGUUGGCCUUGCUAGUUGUUGGAGGUGAGCAACACUCAACAAACGCGGUGCAGCUGCCGGAAAUACACGGGUGGGGGAUUGUUGAUAAGACCAGUGGGUUAUCACCUGAGACUAGUGGUGUUGAUAAGACCAGUGGGCUAUCAGCUAAGAAUAGUGGUGUGAAUUCCGGACACGCACCGAGAGUGACAAGAAGAACUGUCACUACCGCCGAAGCGGGAAAAGUGAAAUAG